ACUCGGGAGUGGCUUUUGGUGACCUCAGGGUGCGCCCUUAGCGGCUGACGAGCGGAGCUGCGCAAUGAUCGAGGGUGAACGCAUAGGUGGGAUCUGGGACAAUGGGUGUGUAGCGUCGGAAGAGACAAAACAACCAAACGGCCUCUCCUACACUUUUUAUUAGAUUUAUUUUAAUAAAUAGGAUGUCUAAGCGAGUCAGACCCGGCUACUACCGCCAAGAAGUCAACAAAACCUCAUGGGAAGUACCGGAGCGGUACCGGGAGCUGAGGCAGGUGGGGACCGGAGCGUACGGGACGGUGUGCUCAGCAGUGGACUCCAGAACAGGAACCAAAGUUGCAAUCAAGAAGCUGUACAGACCUUUCCAGUCGGAGCUCUUCGCCAAGCGGGCCUACAGGGAGCUGAGGCUUCUCAAACACAUGAAACAUGAAAAUGUGAUCGGUCUAUUCGAUGUGUUCACUGCCGACCUCUCUCUGGACAGAUUCCAUGAUUUUUACCUGGUGAUGCCGUUCAUGGGGACAGAUCUGGGGAAGCUGAUGAAGCUGCAGAAGCUGUCAGAAGAGAAAAUUCAGUAUUUGGUUUAUCAGAUGCUCAAAGGGCUUAAGUACAUUCAUUCUGCUGGUAUAAUUCACAGGGACCUCAAGCCAGGAAACCUUGCCAUCAACCAAGACUGUGAGCUCAAGAUCCUGGACUUUGGUUUGGCGCGGCAGGCAGACAGCGAGAUGACGGGGUAUGUGGUGACUCGCUGGUACAGAGCCCCAGAGGUCAUCUUGAGCUGGAUGCACUACACUCAGACGGUGGACAUUUGGUCUGUGGGCUGCAUCAUGGCUGAGAUGCUGCAAGGAAAACCUCUUUUUAAAGGCAGCGACCAUUUAGAUCAGCUGACUGAGAUCAUGAAGCUCACAGGAACACCAACUCAGGAAUUUAUAUCAAAACUAGUAUCUGAGGACGCCAAAAGCUAUAUCAAAAGUCUCCCAAAAGUGGAAAAGAAAGACCCUCAGAAGGUGUUUUCCACAACUAAUCCACAAGCCGUGUCUGUGCUAGAGUGUAUGUUAUUGCUGGAUCCGGAGAGCAGGCUAACCGCUGCAGAGGCUCUCUUGCUGCCUUACUUCACAGAGUACCGAGAUCCAGAGGAGGAGACGGAAGCACAGCCGUACGACCACUCGCUAGACAACACAGACCAGCCCCUGGAUCAGUGGAAACGUCACACAUUCACAGAGAUCUUGACCUUCAAACCAGUUGUGCCAGAGUCCAAGGAAACCGCACUGUAAGACACAAAGAGUUCCAGCCUGGGACCAGAACAAACUGUACACUUAUUUUUUAUCUUGAUCUGAAAACUCUUUGAUCACAAGGCUUAAUGAUUGCCCGUGGACCCAGUUCACAAGUAUCUUAUUAGUGCAAGCUGCCAUAAUUUGGAUUUGUCUUUCAACAUCAAGUUGGUCCAGUAGCUCGCUUCCUGACUGUAGCAUCAGACCUUUCCAGCAUGUCUUACAGUGCUGCGGAUGCUAGAUCAGUUGAUGCAAGUCAAGUAAUAAUAUUCGAUAAGUAACUAAGUUAUCAAGGAACUAUGGGUUGCAUUACUUGAGUUACUUAUCCAUGUUCAAUUUCAGUUUUACUUCAGUGGUACAUAUGUUUUUUUUUUACUUUAGAGAAUACAGAAAUAUUGUAUUUAAACUAAUUCUGAAAUUCUUGACAGAUCCUGGGGAAAUUUGUUUUUUAAUACGGAUGCUUGAUUUGAGUAAUUUGUAUCUGUAAACGCAUCAUUUGAAGGUAAUAGAUCCAGGACAAAGCAUCACGCUGCAAAUGUAAAAUAAUGACAAUUUCUUUAAGUGACUUUUUCUAUAAUAUGUUGUUUUGUGAAAUAGCUUCCCCUUUAGUGACUACAUGUCCUUAAAAAACAAUUGAUUGCAAUUUUUGGGACGUCCUUGCGUGUGCGUGUCUGUGUGUAGUCUACAUGUCUGCUCUGACCUUGUUGUUCCUCCCAGUGGCCUUAAGAUAACCACAAAACAAAAACACUGCUGAGCUCGUACGAAAUCCACCCCAGCAGGUUGUGCACAAACAUUCACCUUUUAAUUUCAUACCAAAAACAGGCUUACAUCCGAUUAUGUUGUUUAUUGAAACGCAAACAGUAGCACAAAACAUUGUCUAUGUUGAUUUGUGAACACCAUUCUUGCAUUUUUAUUAUUAAAGAUUCUCUUUGAAAAUUGU